ACAAAAAUAUACCCUCGCGCCACUAACAUUCUUAGCGAAUAAAAGAAAAUGCAAAAUCGGCAUUUAUUCGUUACAUAUACAUAUUUGAAUUAAAUUAAGAUGUCUGACAUAGACGGCGAAUGGCAAGUGCAACGUCGACGAAAAGGCGCAUCCAGAAGUUUGAAGUCGUUCCAAAGAGCUCCAUCCCAUUGCAUUGAACCACUGGAUGUUGGGAAGACUCUUAAAAGAAUCAGAGAAACUGUGGCUGAAAUGAGAUGCGAAGGGUUUUGGAAAGAAUGGAAUGAGCAGAUGCUGGCGGCGGUGUCAUUGAACCAAAAGGACAAGGAGGUCUCUACAGGCCAGCUGCAAGAGAGUUUAGAUGCCAAAAUAUGUCCACUUGAAUGUGUGUGUUACGGACUGGGCACCUUUUCUUCAUGCGUGUCUGCUCGUUAUCAGCUUGCACUAAUGCUCCUUCUUCUGGAUGCAGCAAUGAUUCCAUUAAAAGACUGUUUUGUUUUUGAUCCUGCUUUCUCCCAUGGAGAAAAAGAUGUACUCCGAGAGUUGGGCCUGACUGUGCUAACAGAUAAUGAGGAAGGGAAACGACUGGCUACAAAACCUACGCUUUUUUAUCUCAUGCAUUGUGGGAAAGCCUUGUACAACAACCUCUUGUGGAAGAACUGGAGUCCAAAAUGUCUGCCAUUUGUGGUAAUAAUCGGAAACAGCUUUGGUGGCAUGAGGGAGAGAAUGAUUGAAAGAGAGUUCAAGCGGGACUACAGUUUCAUCAGCCAGGCAGUGACUAUGUGUGAGGAGAGAAAACUGAACUGUCCAUCUCAUCUGACUGACAUCUUUAGUGACACUGCACUCAUGACCUUUAAUUAUAGCAAACUAAACACUCUUAAUCAGUCUACCUGGACAGAGCCGCCUGAGCCACAUUAUCAGCACUGCUCUGAUUUGGAAAUAAUACAAAAAGAAUCGCAGAAUGGAGAAAGGACAUGAACUACUGGAUUAACCAGUCCCUGGCCCGUGGGCCAAAUGUGGCCCUCAGUGCAAUUAUAUUUGGCCUGCAAAGACAAAUUGUGCAUCGACUUUGUGUCAAUACAAUUGCAAAUUGUCUUCACUUUUAAAAAAUAGAUAUGUUGCUUCAUCAUUAC